AUGGCAAUGGCAUCAUAUCAAUGGCUUCUCCGGUUCUGCAUCACAAUCUUCUUCUCCUUCUUAUCUCUGUCUUCAAGUCAGAAGGUCACUUUAAGUCUAUACUACGAAGCUCUAUGCCCUUACUGUGCAGAAUUCAUCGUUAACCACUUGCCUAAGAUCUUCAGUAGCGGCUUAAUCUCAGCCAUUGAUCUCCAGCUCGUUCCAUGGGGCAACGCCGUUAUGCAACAAGAUGGCACCCUUCUCUGCCAGCACGGAGAAGCUGAGUGUGCGCUUAACGCGAUUCAUGCCUGUGCAAUAAACGCAUACCCUGAUGUGAUGAAGCAUUUUGGAUACAUAUAUUGUACGGAACGGCUAGUCUUGGAGAAGAAACUUGAAAAAUGGGGUGAUUGUUUUGAAAUGGUUGGGUUGAGCAGAGCAGCGUUUGACUGUUAUAUUAACGGGUACGGAAACAAGUUUGAACAGAGAUAUGCUCAAGAAACCUCUGAACUUUCUCCACCACAUAAAUAUGUGCCCUGGGUGGUUGUGAAUAACCAACCACUUCAAGAGAACUACCAAAACUUUGAAAUGUAUGUAUGCAAUGCUUAUGGAAGCGAGCAAGUGCCAGAAGCGUGCAAGAUCCUCAACAGUUGGAUGGAGACACUAAGCAGUUUCAAUAGCUCAACGGAGAAGCUAAGUAAUAGUCACCAAGUUUGCUAUUCCAAUCUCUAA